CCUCUGUGAAGCGGCGCUGCAGUUUUCUGAGCAUAGCGCCAGUGGCAGCUCUGAAACUUGUGCGUUGGGUCGUCCGGAGCGCCGUGUGGAGCGUCGUCUGGGUCUCCGUGGGAUUUAGGUUGGAUUACUUCAGUCUGAGAGGAACUGGGGGGCUGAGCUCCAGUCGCCAACAGACUCUGAGUCUUUGGAUCUCUGCAUCCAGACGGUGCUCGCUGCCCUCGACCCGCCAUCCCAGAACACACCCCCAACCGUCCUCUCUCAGGUCCUCAGCGUGGUGGACGACUGCUAUCCUGGAGACGGCCUGCGCUAUCUGAUCCACUUUCUGCAAGUUGCUGCAGAACCUCCAGCUGGACGCCUGCCUGCCGCUGCUCCGUCAUGAAGGCCGGCCUCCCUGCUCCCACCAGCAGGUAGUCGUCCCGCUGCGUCCUCCGGAGCGCUGCCUCCUGCGUCCAGGAGACCCGUCCCCGCGGACGUCCCCCGCCCCUCGUCCCCGGCCCCGGGCCCCCGCCCGUCCCCGUGCAGCCAUGCGGAGCAGCAGGCGGUGCCGGCUGCAGCUCUGAGGGCCGAGCUCUCCACCAUGGCCUGGCUGGACUCCAUCGACCGGGACAGGGAGCAGCGCGGAGCGGCGAGGCUGGAGCGCUGCCUGCUCUCCGCCCACGGAGACGUGUUCCGGGUCCCCUGGGAGGACCUGGUCUACCCGCCGUUCAUCGGCCACGCCGCCCCCCAGGCGGAGGAGAAGGACGGAGACGCCAAGGAAGAGAAGCUCCUCCCAACCCCGGUGAAAACGGACCAACGCGCGGCGAGCAGCGACGACUCGGAGGGGGAGUACGUGGAGCUGUCGGAGCUGCCGCUGCCCACGCCGCUGCCACGCUUCUCCCCCCAGAAAGGCUCUUUGACCCAGUCCAUCAGCCUGCAGCACCGGUCCAGGCUCAGCGUGCACACACCUCCCACCGUCAACGCCGCCGCCGCCACACGGACCCGCUCAGACGUCCCGGACUCCUCACGGCCCCGCCGGCUCAGCUCCCACACUCUGCGCUGCUCCAGACUCAUCGAGGACAACCUGAACCAGGACCACGGCCACGUCCCCCUCACUCCCUUCACUCCCUUCUUCUCCUCCUCUGCUCCUCCCCAACAGGCUCGGCGUCGCCCCGGAGGUACCGGUCCAGAUCUGAAGGGAGAGGUGGGAGGGACGGAUCAGAAACAGGACAUGAUAGAUGGAGAAAAGGGAGGAAGAGAGCUGGCAGAAAUGAAACAGGAAGUUGGAGUUUGUGAGGGAGGGGAGGAGGGAGAAAGGGGGGUGAAAGGAGAGGGACGGAGGUUAUUAGAGGGAGAAGAAGUGGGAGGAAGUGAAGAAACAGAGGGAGGUAGAGAGGUGUCAGAAGACGAAGGAGCAGGGGAGGUGGAGGUAGAAGAGGAGGUUCAGGUUUUGAUUGUACCGCAGAAUCAAAGAGAGGAGGAACAAGUGGUGGAAGAUGGAAAGAAAGACGAAUACACACAAGAGGAAAAGGGAAGACAUGCAAAAGUGGACAUAGAUGAGGACUUUUACUGUGAAAAUAGCACUCAACAGAUGCACUUGGACUCUUAUUUUGAAAAGUCUCAAACACACUCUGAGGACUUCUAUUUUGAAAGAGAUACACUACAAACACAAUCUGAGAACUGUUGUUCAGAAAACAGUACAGCACACACACACCCUGAAGACCUUUAUUCUGAAAGUGGUACACAUCCCAACCACUGGAAGAAGUCUUACUCUGAAAGCAACAGGAAACAAACACAUCCUGAGGACUCGUAUUCUGAAAAUAACUCACAACCAGUAGAGCAUGAGAACGCUGAUGUUGAAAGCACAUUACAAUCACAGCCAAGCAGCUCUCACACUGAAAACACACAGAGAGCAGCGCCUGAGGGCUCUUAUUGUGAAAGCACCACAAAGCAAACAUAUUCUGAAGACUCUUAUACUGAAAACGCACCACGAGCUCCGUCUGAGUGCUAUUAUCCUGCAGACAUCACACUACGACCUCAGUCUGGAGACUCUCAUCCUGAAAAUAUCAUAAACCAAACACUUCCUGUGGACUUUGAAAAUGUCCUACAGAAGAAAUCCACUUCUUGUACAGAAAGCACAUUACAACCACAGUCUGAAAACUCUUAUGUUGAAAAUACCACUGUACAGACACAGUCUGAGGACUCUUAUUUUGAAAAUACCACUGUACAGACACAGUCUGAGGACUCUUAUUUUGAAAGUGAAACACAACAAAGACACAAUGAGGACUCUUGUUGUGAAAUCUGCACCCUGCAGAAGUCAAGUACUCAAACCGUUCACUCCGUUGAGGCUGAAAUGUCACAGAGUGAGUCCACAGUAACAGACUCAAUUCAGGCUCAACCUGAGGACUCUUAUUCUGAAAGCUCAGUACAGCCACAGCCUGAGGACUCUUAUUCUGAAAGCUCAGUACAGCCACAGCCUGAGGACUCUUAUUCUGAAAGCACAGUACAGCAACAGCCCGUGGACUCUUAUUCUGAAAGCUCAGUACAGCCACAGCCUGAAGACUCUUAUUCUGAAAGCUCAGUACAGCCACAGCCUGAAGACUCUUAUUCUGAAAGUACAGUACAGCUACAGCUUGAGGACUCUUAUUCUGAAGGCACAGUACAGCCACAGCCUGAAGACUCUUAUUCUGAAAGUACAGUACAGCCACAGCCUGAAGACUCUUAUUCUGAAAGUACAGUACAGCUACAGCUUGAGGACUCUUAUUCUGAAAGCACAGUACAGCCACAGCCUGAGGACUCUUAUUCUGAAAGCACAGUACAGCCACAGCCUGAGGACUCUUAUUCUGAAAGUACAGUACAGCCACAGCCUGAGGACUCUUAUUCUGAAAGCACAGUACAGCCACAGCUUGAGGACUCUUAUUCUGAAAGUACAGUACAGCCACAGCCUGAGGACUCUUAUUCUGAAAGUACAGUACAGUCACAGCCUGAGGACUCUUAUUCUGAAAGUACAGUACAGUCACAGCCUGAGGACUCUUAUUCUGAAAGUACAGUACAGCUACAGCUUGAGGACUCUUAUUCUGAAAGUACAGUACAGCCACAGCCUGAGGACUCUUAUUCUGAAAGUACAGUACAGUCACAGCCUGAGGACUCUUAUUCUGAAAGCACAGUACAGCCACAGCCUGAGGACUCUUAUUCUGAAAGUACAGUACAGCCACAGCCUGAGGACUCUUAUUCUGAAAGCAUAGUACAGCCACAGCUUGAGGACUCUUAUUCUGAAAGUACAGUACAGCCACAGCCUGAGGACUCUUAUUCUGAAAGUACAGUACAGUCACAGCCUGAGGACUCUUAUUCUGAAAGUACAGUACAGUCACAGCCUGAGGACUCUUAUUCUGAAAGUACAGUACAGCUACAGCUUGAGGACUCUUAUUCUGAAAGUACAGUACAGCCACAGCCUGAGGACUCUUAUUCUGAAAGUACAGUACAGUCACAGCCUGAGGACUCUUAUUCUGAAAGUACAGUACAGCCACAGCCUGAGGAUUCUUAUUCUGAAAGUACAGUACAGCUACAGCUUGAGGACUCUUAUUCUGAAAGUACAGUACAGCCUAAGUUUGAGGACUCUUAUUCUGAAAGUACAGUACAGCAACAGCCUGUGGACUCUUAUUCUGAAGAUGAUACACAACCUCUGGGCUCUCAAAACGCACUACAUACACAGACUGAGGACUUUUAUUCUGAAAACAAUACACAGGAAACACACACCAAGGCUCUUUGUUCUGAAAGCACAAUUCAAACACAUCCUGAGGAGUGCAGUUCUGAAAAUACAACACAUAAGCACAAUGAGGACUCUUACUCUGAAAAUACCUCUGUACAUUCACAGUCAGAAGACUUUUAUUCUGAAACCAGCACCCUUCAGAGACCCUCUGAAAAGUCGAAUACUUGGAUCAUUCCAUCUGAGUCUGAAACACCACAAAGAGUCUCCACGGCAACAGCAGACUCACUACAGACGCAACCUGAGGACUCUUAUUCUGAAGGCACACAAAAGACCCACCAUGAACACUCUCAUUAUGAAAAUAUUAAACAAGAAACACUCCACAAGGACUCUUUUUGGGCAGUUGAUACACGGCAAAUGCAACCUGUAGAAUCUUACUCUCAAAUCCCACUACAAACACAGACUGAGGACUCUUAUUCUGAAAACACUCAAACACACAAUGAGGACUCUUAUUCUGAAAACACAAAAACACACAAUGAGGACUCUUAUUCUGAAAGCACACUGCAAACACAGGCUGAGGACUCUUAUUCUGAAAUCACACUACAAACACAGACUGAAGUCUCUUAUUCUGAAAACACACUGCAAACUCAGACUGAGGACUCUUAUUCUGAAAUCCCACUCCAAACACAGAUUGAAGUCUCUUAUUCUGAAAACACACUACAAACACAGACUGGGGACUCUUAUUCUGAAAACAAACUACAAACACACAACGAGGACUCUUAUUCUGAAAGAACACUGCAAACACAGACUGAGGACUCUUAUUCUGGAAACACACUACAUACACAGACUGAGGACUUUUAUACUGAAAGCAAUACCCAGGAAACACACACCAAGGUUCUUUGUUCUGAAAGUGCAAUUCAAACACAUCCUGAGGAGUGCAGUUCUGAAAAUACAACACAUAGGCACAAUGAGGACUCUUAUUAUGAAAAUACUACACUACAUUCACAGUCAGAAGACUUUUAUUCUGAAACCAGCACCCUUCAGAGACCCUCGGAAAAGUCGAGUACUUGGAUCAUUCCAUCAGAAUCGCCACAAAGAGUCUCCAACGCAACAGCAGACUCACUUCACACGCAACCUGAGGACUCUUAUUGUGAAGCUGAGAGUCUAGAAGUCCAGCUUGGAUGUGAGGAGUGUGAAGGUGGGCGGGGAAAGCAGGAGCAGCACACGAAGGACGAAGAGGAGGAUGAUGGAGGAAGAUCUGCAGAGCAUCGGACUGAAGCUGUCGGCGGUGAGCCUCCUCAUGUCCACUCAGAGUCCGGUCCGGCUGCUGGUCCCAGUCCAGCAACGCCAGAACCAACUGCAACCAUCCCCAGAGUCCCAGCACAGUUCCCACAGGCUUCCCAGUCCUCCCAGUCCUCCCAGUCCAGGUUCUACAGUGUGCUGCUGAGGUCCGGAGCUGUGUGUCUACCUGGAACCCGAGACGUCGGAGGACGAGCCCUGCUCACCGUCAACGCCUGCAGCUCCGUGUGGUCGCACUCGGACUGGGACAGCGCCGAGCUCCACCGCCUCCUGCUCUACUACACCUCCACCCUGGGGGAGGAGGCGCGAGCCGCAGGGCUGACGGUGCUGGUGGACGCCCGGCGAGCCACUCCGGCCGCCGGCCUGUUCUCCGCCCUCAGGACGCUGCAGAAGGACAAACCAGGUUCCAUCCACACCAUCUUAAUCCUGAGCAGCAAGGACUCCGCCCUGCAGCUGGACAAGCCUGCAGCCACACAGGUGGAGCUGCUCAGCUCCCUGAAGGCGCUGCAGAAGCACGUGGAUCUCCGGCAGGUUCCCCUGGAGCUGGGAGGAUCGCUGAGCUUCAGCCAGAGCAGCUGGAUCUCCUUCAGAACCAGGCUGGAGCAGCUGAGCGCUCAGUGUGAAGACGUGGUGGUCCUGCUGCAGAAGACCAUCAGCACCCUCCAGUCCGGACCUCCCCCUGCUGCCCAGCGGGUGGACGAGCUGCUGCACCGCCUGGUCAUGCUGUCCAACGCACGCACGCAGGAGCUCAACUUCCUGCUGGACUUCAGGGGCCUGGAGCAGGGCUUCACCCAGGUGAGGACGUGGCUGGAGGAGGUCGGGGAGGUCCGUCUGAGGGUUCUGGAGGACCCAGCAGAUUCUCUGGAGGUUCUGAACAGAAAACAGCAGGACUACAAGGACUUCUGCGCCACCGCAUACGAGCACUGUAAACGGGGCGAGGCGCUGCUGGCCCGCCUGGAGCGCUGGGACGACGUGUCGUCGGCCGACCUGCACGUCUACGAGAACAAGGUCCACUCCUUCUGGGCCGCGCUGCAGGACUUCUCCCAGCGGGUCACCAGCACCGGACAGAACAUCGAGCGGGCCGUGCAGCUGUACCGCUUCCUGGACCAGGCCUACGGCUGGGCGCUGGAUGGGAUGCGCCACCUAGCCGGGAUCAGCAUGGAGGACUGCACGCUGCCAGAUAAAUGCCAGGACGUGAUCGGCUCCCUGCAGGACUACCAGCACAAGCACCCACCGAUCCCAGACAGGCGCUUCCAGGAGAUGAAGGUGGAGGCCGGCGAGCUGCGGGGGGAACGUGGCCUCCACCAGUGGAGCUUCGCCUGGUCCAAGUGUCAAGAGACCAAGAAGAUGUUUGACAGGAAGAUGGAGGCGGCGUUCCGGACACGAGACUCCGCCCACAGACGCCGCUCCGACUCCACCAGCAGCAGAAGCUCCACCUCCUCCAGAAAGACUCUGUCGGGGUUCUGGAGCUCCCGGAAGACGUCCUCCUUCUCCCUGGAGGAGGACGCGAGCACGUCCUCGCCCCUGACCUCCCCGUCCCCUCCCACCCCUCAGCACACGCCGCUGCUCCAGCGCCUGUUCCGCAGCUCGUCCUCCGAGGAGUCCUCGGACCAGGUGGACAUGUCCUCCCCCGGCUUCAGCCCCUCCUCGUCCUUCUUCUGCAGCCGGCGGCAGCAGAUGAGGAAGACGCAGAGCUUCGACAGUCCCUCCACGCCGGACCUGUCCCGCUACGGCCACUGUCCCCGCGCCCUCAGCGAGCCGGCGCGUCGGGGAAACACGGGCGUGUUCAUCCGCGGCCUGGAGGUCAGCAGCACGGAGACGGCCGACCGCACGCUCUGCCCCCGCGCAGCCGGGCCCCGGACCCCCACCCCCGGGACCCCCACGGCAGACCCCAGACCUCGGGGAAGCAAGCUGCGUCACAUCGUGGAGGAGAUGGUGACCACGGAGCGGGAGUACGUCCGCUCGCUGCACUACAUCAUCCAGCACUACUUCCCUGAGAUGGACCGGGACGACCUUCCUCAGGACCUGAGGGGGAAACGCUCCAUCGUCUUCGGGAACCUGGAGAAGCUGCUGGACUUCCACAACCAGUUCUUCCUCCGGGAGCUGGAGGCCUGCUGGAAGCAUCCGCUGAGAGUCCCCUGCUGCUUCCUCCGACACCAGGAGCAGUUCAGCCUGUACGCCCUCUACAGCAAAAACAAGCCCAAGUCUGACGCUCUGCUGGCCAACCACGGACACGCCUUCUUCAGGAGGAAGCAGCUGGAACUGGGAGACAAGAUGGACCUGUCCUCGUACCUGCUGAAGCCCAUCCAGAGGAUGAGUAAGUACGCCCUGCUGCUCACCGACCUCAUGAAGGAGGUGGGCGUGUCCCAGGAGGCGGAGCUGGCCACGCUGGAGGACGCCACCAACAUGGUCAAGUUCCAGCUGCGCCACGGCAACGACCUGCUGGCCAUGGACGCCAUCCUGGACUGUGAUGUGAACCUGAAGGAGCAGGGCCAGCUGAUCCGGCAGGACGAGUUCACCGUCUGGAGCGGGAGGAGGAAGUGUCAGCGCCGCAUCUUCCUGUUCGAGGAGCUCGUCCUCUUCAGCAAACCCAAGAAGAUGGAGGGCGGGCUGGACGUGUUCAUCUACAAGCACUCCUUCAAGACGGCAGACGUGGGUCUGACUGAAUCAGCGGGGGACAACGGGCUGAAGUUUGAGAUCUGGUUCAGGAGGAGGACGUCCAAGAACCAGACCUUCAUCCUGCAGCCGCCCACAGCCGAGGUGAAGGCGGCGUGGACGGGAGACAUCGCCAGGAUCCUGUGGACCCAGGCCACCCGCAACAAAGAGACGCGUCUGAAGGAGAUGGUGUCCAUGGGCGUGGGGAACAAACCCUUCCUGGACAUCCAGCCCAGCGACGCCGCCAUCAGCGACCGAGCCGUUCACUACAUCAUGAAGAGCAGAGGAGCCAGAACGCGGGCGUCCAUCGCCGUCUCCGUCUUCGACCACUCACACCCCUUCAAGCGGGGAGCCGGGCCCCCCGACACCCCCCCAGGACCCUCGUCCUGCAGCCUGCUGGGGCCCCUCAACUUGCACAUGUACAGUCAGCCCCCCCCCCUCCUCUGCUCCGGCCGACUCCUCCUUCAGCUCCUCCUGCAUCGAGGAGGAGGAACACGAGACCAGCAGCCAGCCCUCCAUGACUACGGAGAGUUCCGGCUCGUCGUCCCGCUGCUUGUCCGGCUCCACCGGCUCAGACAGCGGCUGCGCCUCCUCCCACCAGCAGGAGGCGCUGGCGGAGGAGUCCAGCCCUCCCAUCCAGCCCUCCCCCCCGCCCUCCUGGUCCUCCAGGAAACUGCAGCUCAGCACCGACCUGACGUCUGAAGCUGCUGCGGUCGUCAGCCCGGCCACCAUCGUCUGACCCCCGGGCUCUGAUCCUGAUCCUGUUCUGAUGUCGGACGCCGACGUCGGAGCUGCGUCUGCAGUUGUUCCUCAUGUAAAUAUGGACUGCUGGUUCUGCUGCCGGUGCCGGUGCCGGUCCUGCUCCCCGGCCCGGCUCGGCCCCGUCGCCUGUACAUGCGUGUAAAUAAACCGCAGUGGACCCGGAGGAUAGACCUGUUGGUUCCCAGGACGUCAACGUUCAGUACUCCCAAACACAAACGUUUGAGAGGAAGAGCGGAGGGACCGGCUCACGGAGCUCCUGAUGUCUCUGAAAGAUGAAACCUUCGUAGUUGAAGAUGCAGUUCCAGUGUUUCCUUAGAAAUGUCAAAUGCUGAAUUUGUUCCUUUGACAAAGUGACGCAGCGUCUUAACGACGCUUGUCGUGAAAAUCCAUUCGUUCAUACCAGUUUCCAGUUUCUGUCUGUUCUUGCAACGUUCCCAACGUGCAGGUUCCUCAGCUCUUAGUUUAGUUUCCAGUGUUUCUCAUAAACCUUCACUUUUAUAAAGUCAAAAAGUGGGAAUGACCUUUUGCAAAUGUGCAACUUUAUAAGUUAUAAGUGAGUUUUUUUGCCUUUUAAUUUUCUGAGUUUGACUUUGAGGUCAGUUUAUCGUUCUGUCCGUUUGUUUCUUCUUCCUCACACUUUUGGAAAAUUUUGUAUAUUUAUGAAGUCCAUUUUUUUGAGUUUGGAGUUUAUUAAAAACA